AUGGUUCCGAUUUACUCCAUUGCGUGCCUCUUAAGUAUCCCCUUUUACGAACAGCAUGUAUACAUCGCCAGCAUUUACGAAUUUUACGAAUCGCUUGUCAUCGCCGCCUUCUUCGCCCUACUAUGUCAAUAUUUACACGUUGAUGAAAACAUACUCCGGCGUGUUUUUACAUUUAUAGAGCCGAAGCCGUGGAUACAUCCAUUACGAUUUUUGGUUGUCCACAUCGGCCGCAAUAAGAAAGGUCGAACUGUCGAUGGUUUGAGGUUCUUCAAUAUCAUUUGGAUCGGCGUUUUUCAGUUCUGUGCCAUCAAGUUUCUUGGGUCACUAGCCAAGUGCAUUACAGAAGCUACGGACACGUACUGUGAAGAUUCUAACGACGCCAGCCACGCAAAGAUAUGGAUCAUGGUCAUCGAAAUGCUAUCGCUGGUAACGGCAAUGCUCUGUCUCCUCCAGUUCUACCAUCAGACCAAAGCCGAAAUCAUUCAUCAAACGCCACUACUCAAGUUUUUAGCGAUUAAACUUGUUGUUUUUCUGUUCUAUGUGCAGACGACUGGGAAGUUUAUAUUUGGUUUCUUGACAAAGGAGGAAGGCGCAAUCCAGCCGACGACAAAAAUCUCGUAUCCUUCUUGGUCGGUCGGGAUACCAAACACCAUUUUAUGCUUCGAAAUGGCAGCAGUUUCAAUCUUGCACCUUUGGGCUUAUCCAUACAAAGGUUAUGAGCCGUCAAAAUCCAACGUUGUGACUAGCGCCGCCAGCGCAGCAGCAUUCAGCAAUCAGCACCUCACAGGCCGAGUUUUAGCCGAUCGCGUCCUCGUACCCGACCAAACCUAUGUCGAAUCUAUUCGCGAUAACGCUUCUGCUCUUGCAGGAUCACACGAAGCACAUGCAAACAUACUAGGGGGCGGAAGGUUAUCUAAGCAAGGAGGGAGAUGGGGGUUACGUGCGCUUGUUGAUGUUUUGAACAUCUCUGACAUUGUUCGGAGCGUAAUGAAAGGCUUCCGCUGGCUUUUAUCGCGACGAAAAUAUGAGGAUACAGAUGAAAACAGUGGCAGGAUAGAGCUUUUAAAAACGGCAAAUCUCUCUGAUGCUUUGACUCUCGUAGAGCGUGGAGCGAUGCUCUAG